AUGGUCAACCGUCACUUGUCAUCAGUACCCAAAGAAUUUGAUGCUAUUAAGAAAAAUAUUACUAACCUCAGAUCUUUUGAAGAUGGCGAUUUUGCCACCCCAGAAGAUGAUGCAUAUAGACGGGAAUUGACCAUUAACAGCUUGUUUUACAACAUUCAAUAUGAUUCCGUUGAGGACUUCACUGGAAGAGGAAUCCCGGAUUUGAUGUCUGGAAGAACAGUCACUCCAUUACCUCCCAAGAAGUCAUUUCUUGAUGAUCCUGUGAGUGUUCUCCGCGCCACACGCUUUGGGGCUCGUCUUGGUUUUGAAUUGGAUCAAGACUUGAAAAUGGCUGCUUCUGAUGAUGAAGUCCGAGCUGCUAUGGCAGCUGGAAAUGUCAACAGAGAACGUAUUGCGCGUGAAAUCCAUCUCACUGUAUCCGGGAAUCAACCCACAAAAGCAAUGGCUUACAUUUGCGAGUUUGGGUAUUUUGAGACUGUUUUCUCUCUCCCUGAGAAAUCUGAGCCUGGAAAAAUUUCAACGGAUAUGACAGAUUUUGUGUUGCUCAUAUGGAUUUCGCAUGGAAAAUUUUUAUACUACACUAACAGGAAAUCUAAUACUAACAGCUUUCCUGUGAUCAAAUACAUAUGUCGCAAUUCUCUCAAGCUGAAGUUAAGUGAUGCAGAUACCGUCAUGAAAUUGUAUACUGCAGCUCAAGGAUUUGUUUCUCUGGUACAUUUUAUCGCGUCGAAAGACGAGAGGCAGUUCAUUGAUGUUGAUUAUUGGAAAGGUGAAAUGAUCGAUGCUUCAAGAAUUAGAACACUGGUUGGAUUGCUGCUAGGACAGAUUAAAGAUAAUUGGCGGCCGGCAUUGGUACUCUCAAUGCUCUUAACUAGCAGUCUUGUUCACUCUGAUGUCACCUCUGUUGAACUGGAUUUGAGCAAAGAGUUGUAUAAGGUGGUUGAGGAUUGGAUUGUAAGGAAAGGGUUAGAUGGAAUUUGGGAAGUUAAGCCGGUGGUGAAUGGAGCACAGAUCAUGAGUAUUUUGGAUCUCAAGACUGAGGGCUACUCGUUGGGGAAUGGCAACAGAAGGUGUUUGAGUGGCAGCUUGCUCAUCCCUCUGGAACUCAACAGGAAUGUAUUGAUUGGAUGA